UAAGGAGAGGCCGCGCAGGCUCACUGGUAGGCCAGGGCCUGGACGAGUGCUCCGGCCUCUGAGGAACCGGCUAGUCAGGCUUUUCCUGGCUAUGGUUGGGGCGCUCUCCACCCAACGAUUCUUUCAACAUGGUGGUGGCGAAGUCGGAGGCCAGUAGGGAUCCUACCGCCUACUUCCGUCCAGCCAGACUUCUGCCCGCGCUGAUCACAGUCCUGGGGCUGGGAUACUUCACGUGGGUUGUCUUCUGGCCUCAGAGUGUCCCUUAUCGGAGUCUUGGGCCACUGGGCUCCUUCACGCAGUAUUUGGUGGGCCACCAUCACAUCCUCCUGCGCUAUGGAUACUGGCUUGCCUGGCUGAUUCAUCUUGGAGAGUCCUUAUUUGCCAUGGUAUUGUGCAAAUACAAGGGAAUCACAAACCCACGGACUCGGCUCCUCUGGUUCCUGCAGACUUUCCUCUUCGGGGUGGCAUCCCUGUCCAUCUUGAUUGCCUACCGACCAAAGCGCCAAAAAUGCACAUAAAGGAGCUGGCCCUUCCAACCUAGUUAAGACCAUCUGGCUGCUCAUUUUUCUUUGACAUUCUCUGGUUGAGCUUGAAUAGGCCAGUGUUACUUAAGAGAGAAAUAAGAAACAACUGUGGCUCUCCAUUUCUGCACACUCACCUGUUAGGCAGUGGCUUCAGCCACCUUGAAGUCCAUGGCUCUCCUGGGCUCUCCUGUCACCUGGGUGAGGCACAUGUUUGAUUUGCUUGCUAGGGUACAUUGCUCUCCCACCCUCACUCCCAACCAUUUCCACUCUCCUUUCCCAAAUGUUUUUCCGCUCUUCUGGACCAAGUGACACUUGCACAGUAUAUCAAUUCUACAUACAUUUAUCAGGCACCUCUGAGGCAGGGUUCUCAUCCUCUCAAACCGCAGAGAAAGCCAAGAAAGACAGGUGCCCAGCAUGGGGCUGGCUGAGCGACUACACAGAGGCCCAGGGACAUGCCAGACGCUCCCAGCCAGAAGUAACCCAUCCCUGCAUAUGGCCAUGGGACAGAGCACUGGAUAGUGGCGGAGUCUGGUGGCCACAACUAGAUGGUUCCUGUACCUCAGGGCCACACAGCAGACCCUGUGACAUUUUACCAGCAGGUGUCCUGUCCCCCACCAGAACUGAGGCCCCUUCCGUGUUACUCAACAAAGGAAGGACGCUGAUCCCACUUUCUAUUUCUCUGGAUUCCAGUUUUAUGCAAGAACUACUGAAGCCACACAGUGUCUCCUCAUCUCAACAGAAAGGCACGAGCCUGCCUUUGACUACUGAGGCCGCCUUUCUCAGGUCCUCCAGGGGAAGCCUGGAUCUUUCUCCUGCUUUCCUGCUCUCGGUCACUUUCUCCUUCCUGCAGCGGAUUCCUUAGUCACCCUCCAUCCUGUUCUAGAGAUCCAUACCCAUGUGUUACCCAACUCAUUACUGCCUCCCCUAUUCGCCUGUUGGGGAGGGAGAGCCACUGUCCCUCUCCCCUACCCUGGCUGAAAGGAAUGACUCUCUCACCCUCUGAGGAGCACCAGCCUCUUCUCUGGGGACUCUUCCUCCUUUCCCUUCCAUGAUACAGUGGGGCAGCAAACAUUUAUGAAAAACAGCUCAGCCCCAAACAGCCCCACAAUGAAAGCCCCACCCCUAAAGGUUAUGGACCCUGGGUCACUUCUUGUUGAGAUAACUUUUGGGCCAGGUAUGGUGGCACACACCUGUGCCUCCGGCUGAGGCAGGAGGAUAACUGAGUUUGAGGCCAGCCUGGGCUACACUGUGAGUUCAAGGCCAGCCUGAACUAUGUAGUGAGUGAGACCUUGUCUCAAAAAACCAAAAGAAAAAAAAUUUGGAAACUGUAUUUCAGUCUUUCUCUUGUGAUUAAGGGGUUGUUUUUUGGUAAAGAGAAAGGAGUUUUGACUGUGGAGUUAAGCAUUGUGAAAAUCCAACCUAAAUGUUUUUAAAGCCUGGUCCUCUGCAAAGGCAGAGUAUGGUGAAAAAAUGGACUGACUUGAAUAAAAUGGACUACUGUCUCCAACAAAA